AUGCAAAAUUUAGCCAGCCACGAAUCUGUGCCGCAGUUGAAGCUGUCCUCAGAGCACUCGUACAUCUACGUCAUAAAGCGGCUGAUUCCAAUAGAGAUAGAAAUCACGCAAGAAACAGACACGAUCCUGACCGACACAGACGGGAAAAAAACGAAGGGGCCUGGGAAGUGCAUUGCGCACUUAUUCCAAGAUAAAGGCCUGGACGAAAAAACGGUUGCCAGCAUAUCAAGCGUGAUUGGGCUGAGGCCGCAGCAGAUGCUUGCGUACGUUGCAAGCGGGCCUGAAGAGCGGUUAGACAACAUUUUGGCCAUAUCCAAAGUGCGGAAGUGGCUUUUUGAGGGGCAGAUAACGAACAAGGUAGGAGACCAUCUGAUAGACAAGCUGGCGGAUCUCCACGAAAAGUACCAGAAGGUCUUCUGCGAGCAGACCGGCGAAAUAUUUGUGAAGAGGGAGCACGUGCGGCCGGUUGCGGACUUCUACAAGCUGGUGAUAAUGUCUGGGCGCAUAGAGUCUAUUAUGGACCACCCGGAGGCCGACACGCUCUUUAUAGAAAACGUGGACUUCAAGGCCGAGAAGAGAACCAUUGUGAGCGGCCUCAAGGGGAAGUUUGAAAAGAGCAGGCUUCUGAACGCAUGCUGCCUCUUCACUGUAAACCUGAAGCCUGUCACUUUUAAGGGCACGAAGUCCUUUGGCAUGAUACUCUUUGGGAAGUCCACGGACGCCCCCGAGAAGGGCUCUGUCAUCUUCACAGAGACAAACGGCGACAGACUCGGCCUGCUGGAGUACCCGCUGGACAGCCUUGUGCCCUUUCCAGUGAAGAUGGGGGACGGCUCAAAAAGAACGCUCGAGCUGUUCUUCGACCGGCUGGCCAUCCGCGAAGGCAAGCUCGUGUACCAGGAUCUGACAGCAGAGAUCAGCGGAAAAGAAGUGUGCACGCCAGAAGUAAUCAACGGAACAAUUUCGUAA